AGUAAACAUGGCGGACUGUUCAUUAGAUGAAGGAUUAUUGCUUGUCGCCUACGAAGAAGAAAUUUUGGAUGAGGAGGAAACAGUCGAAAUUAUACAGUUGCUCGGCAUGGAUCUUUAUCCGCCAAUUCCUCACAAAAAUUAUGCGAGAUUCUAUUUAAAUUGACUGGGAGAAACAGAGUGCUUAUCUAUGUUCCGAUUUGCCAAAGGAGAUAUUCCUCGGCUAGCACAGGCUCUGAGACUGCCAAACAAAUUGACGGGAUAUCAAGGCACUGUUUGCUACAAAAUUGAAGCGUUAUGUUUAUUUUUGCGUUGUUUGGCUUAUCCUUGUCGUUAUAAUGACCUCGUACCUAUUUUUGGGCGACCUAAGGAAGAACUGUCUAUUAUAAGCAAUGCUGUCUUAGAUUUUAUCUAUACUGAGCACAAGCACUUGCUUAAUACUUUUCUGGCUCCCUGGAUGAAUCAAGAACAUCUUUUUUCAUACUGUGAGGCAACCCAUGAAAGAGACGGUGCAUUGGAUAAUUGCUGGGGAUUUAUUGAUGGGACGGUUCGCCCAAUAUGCAGACCAGAAAAUAACCAGCGACAUGUCUUUAAUGGACACAAACGUACACACGCUUUAAAGUACCAGUCAGUUGUGGUUCCUAGUGGUUUGAUAGUACAUAUGUUUGGACCUAUGGAGGGAAAAAGACAUGAUGCAAGAAUAUUUGUUGAAUCCGGACUUUACCAACAGUUGGAAGCAUACUCUUUCGAUGCUACUGGCAAGCCAUUAUGUAUAUAUGGAGAUGGUGCAUACCCUGUCACACAGCAUGUGCAAGGUCCUUUUAAAGGGCCACACUUGACCAUGGAACAACAAGCUUUCAACAUAUCCAUAUGAGCAAAGUGAGAAUUGCUGUGGAGUGGCAAUUUGGUGGCAUAAUGGUUUAUUUUGCAUUUAUUGACUUCAAAAAGAACAUGAAAUUGUACUUACAAGCAGUGGGCAAAUUAUAUUUAGUCAGCACCAUUUUAUAUAAUGCCAGAGUUUGCCUUUAUGGCUCAGUUCCAACCACAUACUUUGAAGUUCAGCCACCAAGUUUAGAAGAAUAUUAGGAUUUACUCUGUGAUAUUUUUACACUAAUAUUUGUGUGAAGUAAAAGAGAGUUUCAGCUUUGAGAUUUCAAAAAAUAUAUAC